AUGAAAAAAAAAUAAGUGGAACAUCGAAUGAUAUUGACAACCAUUCCUCCUGCACUUGAUAUUGGAUUUACUGCUGUAACAUCUGUAUCUAAUUUGGUAUUCAUGCUUGAAAAUCCAAACGACUAUCCUGUGUAGUUUCAUUUCGAAUUUUAGAAAUUCAAGAUUACUCCAGAGAGAGGAUAGUUAGCUCCUGGAUCAAAAAUCAAUUUUACUUUGACUUAUUCCCCUCAAUAAGCAGAAGUAAUAGUUGCAUCAAUUAUCAUGCAUGUUCAAUACGAAGAACCUAGAGUGAUCAAAGUAUCAGGAAUAGGCAAAUACCCUUUCUUAUAAUUGAACACUAAAAAACUCAAUUUCGAAACUUUAUUGAUAGGUAAAACAGUAACAAAGGAAAUCACAAUUAAGAAUUCAUCAGAAGUUACAGCUCAAUUUUAAAUCACUAAAAUGAUAGAUGAUGAGUUCAAAGAUAAUGCAUUCUCUUUAGACUACUACUCAGGAGUCAUUCCCCAAAAAAGCACAUUUUUAAUCAAAGUUACAUAUUAACCUUAAAUCCUUAAUGUUUCAGUUAUUAGAUUUAAAGUGGUUUGUCAAGGAGGAAAUGAAUUAACUUUUGAGUGUGUCGGAUCAGCAGUGGAACAUGCAGUGUAUUUAAGUGAAAAGUCAAUUAACUUUGGAGAGAUCAAAAUUGGUAAUCAGGCCACUAAAUUAUUGACAAUUCAUAAUGAUUCUGAUCUAGCAGCUUCAUACUAAUUAUACACCGAUAUGAAUAACAUUUUUAGUUUCAAUAAAGUAAGGGGUCUGAUCUAAGGAAAGAGCUUUGAUCGUAUCAUUGUCACCUUUACACCCAGACAUACAAUUAAUUACUAUGAAAGAGUUUAUUGCGUUGCAAGUAAUCAAAUUAAGUUUGUCGAUUUAAUUGGGACAUGUUAUGACCUUUUGAUCAAACCUAUACCAUUGCUUCAAUAGCAUAUUGAUAAUUUUAGAAGAAGAGUUAUUCAAGGAAAAUUAAGUGAAGUGGAUUUCAAAUAUAUGGAAAAUUCUUAUUUGAUGAAAGUUAAUUAGUAAAAUCAAAGUAAUCUUCAAGGAGAAUGGCAAGAAAAUGCUAAUCAAACUGUUUAAUAUAAAGAGUUGAUGCUUCCUCCAUCUUCUGAUUACAGAUUAAUUAAAUUCUCUGAAGAUUUUAUUGAUUUUGGUUAUGUUGAAUGCUAAACACAAAGUGGAGCAAGGGAGUUAGAAUUACACAAUAGACUAAACUGUAAAUUGACUGUAUUUUGGACAAUCCAAACUCAUCCUACUGUUAAUGGAGAAAAAGUGCCAGUUUUCACAGUUUCUCCAGAGACUCAAUCAGCACAAGCAAAUUCUAAAUGCAAAUUUUCAAUUAGUUUUAGACCAACAAAAUCAUCUUACUAUUAUUUUUAAUAUAUUCAAUUCUUUGCAAUCAAAUAUAAUCCAAAACUUACAAAGAAGAUAUUAGAUUCAGUUAAAAAUAACAAAGGCUCUAUUUUGAAUGACUCAUUUGGAAAUGGUGCAAAUUUAAAAUUAUCUUAAACUGGAAUCACUAGUCAAAAAAACACUAUAGAUUUUACAUCCAAAGAAAUGAUUCCUACAUUCAGUGGAUAAAUUGGAUGUGUUGGACAUUCUUUCGGGAUUAAUUCUUAACCCUACAUUCCAAUUGUAGAACUUAGACCAUCUAACAAAUUGUACUUCCCUCCUUGUACAAUAGAAGAAUCUGUAUAUCAAACAGUAGAGUUCAUUAAUAAAUCAGACACUCCAAUUUAUUUUAAUUUCAGCCCUGACCCAACAAGAACCUUUAGAGUAUAUCCCAAUCAGGGGUUAAUUUUUGGUAAAUCAUCAUAAAUGAUUGUUGUUGAAUUUGUACCUGUUGAAAACAAGGCCUACAAUCAAACUCUGGUUUGUCAUAUGAAUCAUUAAUCUUCCAAUUAAAUAACUCUUUAAGCUAUAGGAUAUUGUUCUACUCCUUCUCUGAAAUUGUAAAAUGGAGGCAAAGUCUUCUUUCCUCCCUCCUUUGUUGGAGUUUACUCUAGAUAAAAAAUAACAGUUCACAAUGAAUCAAGAGUGCCUAUGAGUUACUCAAUCGAUGUUCCUGAGAAAUACUAAAAUGAAUUAUAUAUUGAACCUCCAUCUGGCUAGAUCAAACCCAAUGAAGUACUACAUCUAGACUGUCAAUUCAUUCCUUACAAAAAGAAGAAAGAAUAUAGAAUCAAAGUACCUAUGACUGCUACUGAAAUUCUUGCAGACAACUAAAAUCUGAUUGGGUAUCAUAUUCCAGGAUCAGGAAAUCAAGACUUUCCACUUGAAUAAAGAAAACCAAUAGAAUUAUCUUAUCAAUUUGAGAUAUUUGGCUAAGGCACAGAUGGAGAGUUAGAACUUAAUGUUAAACAAAUCGACUUCAAUAUUAUUAAAGUUAAUUUCAAUACAAAAAAAUAUGCUACCUUAAUUAACAAUUCAGACUGCACAUUUUAUAUUGAAUUAGUUCUUAGACCAAAAAGUAAGGAUAGAGAUAAAAUUGAUCAUUAAAUGAUUAGUCUUAUUAAUAGGUCCUUUACUUUGGAUUUAUAGAAUGGAAUUAUUGCUGCUAAUUCCAAGUUGGAUAUCGGAAUAAUGUUUAAUCCAAUUGAGGUCUGUGAAUUUGAUUUGGUUUUGGAUGUUAUUGCAACAGAAAAGAAUCCUAAAGCACCCAAAGGUCCUAAUUAUUUAAAUAAGAAAAUAGUGUCAUAGAAAUGCAAAUUAGAGAUCAAAGCUAAAGGAAAUUAUCCUUUGUUGAAGAUUGCUGAUGUAAGAAAUGAUUCAAUUAGUGUUGCUACAUUAUGGGAGAACUUUUAAAUCAAUCAAAUUAAUACUGAAUUAGGCAAGGAUUUAAAUGAAGAUGAAUAGAAAUUUUUGAAAAUCGAAUAAUUGACAUUUGAUCAAGCUUAAUAAUUAUAAAAGAGAUUGAGAAGUUACGAUUGGAAUUUUGGGUAUUUGCCAUCUAAACCAUAAGUAAAGUCAAGAAAAAUUGUCAUAACAAUUUAAAAUAUUGGAGGAACUGAUUUAGAGUGGCAAUUUAAAUUACCAUCUGAUCAUCAAAUAGAAUUAGAGCCUUGGGCUGAUCCUGGUGAACCUACUGAAGAGGAUACAUUUGAAAAAGCCAUUUUAGAAAAGAACAUAUUUCAAAUUAGACCUAAAGGUGGUGUUAUAGCACCAAAAUGUUUCAAAGAUAUAGAGCUAAUCUACACUCCUUGUAAUUUAGAUGAGCAACUCAAAUCAAAAGGAAUUUCGAAUGAGAGUCAUUUCCUAAGGGUUGUAUUGUAAAUUUUGAAUGGAAAACCAUUAGUUUUAAAUUUGAAAGGAACAACACUUGCUCCAUUGGAAGGCAGAUUGGCUGUAAAGAAAAAUUCAUUUGAGUUGCCAGAAACUCCCGUAGGAUUAUUAUAACCUGUCAAGUAUCCAAUAGAAAUUCAAAAUGUUGGAAGUUCAAAAGUAUCUUAUAAAACACUUGUGCAGGAAUUGGAUAUUGAUGGAGCGAUCAUUGAUUCUUAAUUUAAUGUGUUUGAUAUUCAGAAUCCUUAAGGAUCACUCUUGCCAAAUGAGAAAUAAUAUUUGUAUUGCCUUUUUAAACCUUUAGAGUAGAAAGUCUACUAUUUUGAAUUAUUGGUUGAGGUUUCAGAUAUGGUUAAAGUGAUUCAACCAGUGAAGCUUGCAAUCCAAGGAAGAGGAUAUGCUAAUCAGCCUAAGAAUUAGAUUUAAAAAUAAGCGAUUGAGAUUCCUAGAUAGAGAUCACAUCAAUCUCCUAUAGGUUCAAAAGUAUUCUUUUCUUUGGAAGAGAUAGAUUUUGGAGAAUUGCUCCCAUUAAAAUCUGCACAUAGAAUGAUCAUUUUGUACAAUCAAUCAUCAGAUCGCAAAUUUGUAUUUGAUUUUGGUGUCUCUCAAUUUACCCUUUCAAAUAAUAGACCAGGACUAUGUUGUGGGGAUGAAUUUUUGAUUGAACCUAUAUAGGGAGAACUCGAGCCUUAGUCAUUUAUAGAAUUGAAACUGACAUUGACUGCGGCCUCAACUCCUUCAGUGUAUGAAGGAGAAUGUGAAUGUACUAUAAGUUGGGAAAAUAAGAAUUAGCAAGUGAAUACUUCUCAGCUAAGUUAAAACUCUCAAGCGAUAACAGUGGAUAAAGAAACCUUGUUCUUAAGAAUAAAGAAGAAAUCAAGUUUAAAUGUAGAAUUAGUAAACUCAUUCAAACAGCCUCCUCCUCCUAUUCACAAUGCUAUGGCCCAUCCUUUCUAAUAAUUGCUAGGUUAGAUUAUUACUGAAGUUUUGACUGACUCUCACACCGACCAGAUUCUCAGAGCAUUAGAUCAACAACCAAUAAUUCUCUAUCAACCAGAAUAGCAACCUAAGGAAGGAGAGGAUAGACAAGUAGAAGAUUUAACUAUACCAAGAGACUAUAAAGAUUAUAAGACAAUGUUUUUAGAGGAUGAAUUCAUUGAAUUAACUGAUUUAAUAAUGGAAAAUACAUUCUUUAACAUAAUCUAAGAAACCACAAGGAAGGAGUGUGACUUAUUACGUAUUUCUAAGACUUUUGUCACACCAGCAAACAAAUGA